CCCAGCCUUUCAAGAUAGGCUCUGCUCAGGCUCCGGCCAGUGGAAACCGGAGGCAAAAGUUCGCGGCUGGUGCAGCUCACCUCAUCCAGGAGCCGGAGGCAGCAGGUCCCAGGGCUCCAGCACCUUUUUUCCCGCCCCGACCCCCGGAAAGGCUCGCCCAGAGGGUCUUUUGGUUCACUAAGAGCACCACCUUAAAAGAAAAAGAAGAACUGCUUCAGCCUUCUGUAGUGCUGUGUCCUCACCGGCUGCUGCAAUUGCCUGGGCUCAUUUGUCAUCUGAUAGAUCUAGAAAAUUUCAAGUAUGUUUUCUAGAGUAGGAUAGUCCUGCUCUGCCCCAGGUGAAGAUUCUUCUGGUGUUGGUUUCCUGUCACCAGAGGGACCAUGGCAACCUCCAGAACAGUCUCACGGUCCCCUCGGGACAUUGCCAAUGUGAUGCAAAGACUGCAAGAUGAGCAAGAGAUAGUACAAAAACGCACUUUCACAAAAUGGAUCAACUCUCAUCUCGCCAAGCGGAAACCCCCGAUGCUGGUAGAUGAUCUUUUUGAAGACAUGAAAGAUGGUGUGAAGCUGCUUGCUCUCCUGGAGGUCCUUUCUGGGGAGAAACUGCCUUGUGAACAAGGACGCCGUAUGAAGCGAAUCCACGCUGUGGCAAACAUUGGCACAGCUCUCAAGUUCCUUGAAGGAAGGAAGAUUAAAUUAGUCAACAUUAACUCCACUGAUAUAGCUGAUGGCCGACCCUCCAUAAUUCUUGGAUUGAUAUGGACCAUUAUUCUCUAUUUCCAGAUUGAAGAGCUGACCAGCAACCUCCCGCAGCUGGAGUCUUUGUCCAGUAGCACGUCCUCUGUGGAUAGCACCCUCAGCGCAGAGACCGCCAGCCCUCCCAGUAAACGGAAGGUGGCCACCAAGGUCCAGGGAAACGCUAAGAAGGCUUUACUAAACUGGGUUCAGUACACAGUAACCAAGCAGGCUGGAAUAGAAGUAAAAGACUUUGGACGGAGUUGGAGAAGUGGAGUUGCCUUUCAUUCAGUUAUCCAUGCUAUUCGACCAGAACUAGUGGACUUGGAGAAAGUGAAAGGAAGACCUAAUAGGGAAAACCUGGAAGAGGCUUUCACUAUUGCCGAAACGGAACUGGGGAUCCCAAGACUACUAGAUCCCGAAGAUGUCGAUGUGGAUAAACCAGAUGAGAAGUCCAUAAUGACCUACGUAGCCCAGUUUCUGAAACAUUACCCUGAUGUCCACGAUACUGGUAUUGAGGGGCAAGAGAAUGAUAGAGAAGACAGGCUAAUUUUAAAGGAGAUGAAAGUUUGGAUAGAACAAUUUGAAAGAGAUUUGACAAGGGCACAGAUGACAGAAUCAAGUUUGCAGGAUAAAUAUCAGUCAUUUAAGCACUUCAGAGUUCAGUAUGAAAUAAAGAGGAAACAGAUUGAACAUUUAAUACAGCCAUUACAUAGAGACGGCAAAUUGUCACUUGACCAAGCAUUGGUAAAACAAGCCUGGGAUAGAGUGUCCUCCAGGCUCUUUGAUUGGCACAUACAGCUUGAUAAGUCUCUGCCUGCGCCUCUGGGCACCAUAGGUGCCUGGCUGUACAGGGCCGAGGUGGCGCUGAGAGAGGAAAUAACCAUUCAGCAGGUCCACGAGGAAACGGCAAACACCAUACAGCGGAAACUUGAGCAACACAAGGAGCUGCUUCAAAACACAGAUGCCCACAAAAGAGCGUUCCAUGAAAUCUACCGGACCAGGUCUGUUAACGGGAUCCCUGUACCCCCUGAUCAAUUAGAAGACAUGGCUGAGAGGUUUCAUUUUGUUUCCUCCACAUCAGAGCUGCACUUGAUGAAAAUGGAAUUUCUAGAAUUAAAGUACCGUCUGCUCUCACUGCUAGUUCUUGCAGAGUCAAAGCUGAAGUCUUGGAUCAUCAAGUAUGGGAGAAGGGAAUCCGUGGAGCAGCUGCUACAGAAUUACAUUUCUUUUAUAGAAAAUAGCAAAUUCUUUGAACAGUAUGAAGUGACAUACCAGAUCUUGAAGCAGACAGCUGAGAUGUACGUCAAAGCAGACGGUUCAGUGGAGGAAGCAGAGAAUGUCAUGAAAUUCAUGAAUGAAACCACAGCUCAGUGGAGGAACCUGUCUGUAGAAGUGAGAAGCGUGAGGAGUAUGCUGGAGGAAGUCAUUUCUAACUGGGAUCGGUAUGGUAACACUGUGGCUAGUCUUCAAGCUUGGCUAGAGGAUGCCGAAAAAAUGCUAAACCAAACAGAGCAUGCCAAAAAGGAUUUUUUUCGAAAUUUGCCUCAUUGGAUUCAGCAGCACACUGCCAUGAAUGAUGCUGGCAAUUUUCUAAUUGAAACAUGUGAUGAGAUGGUUUCCCUGGAUCUUAAGCAGCAAUUACUGUUGCUAAAUGGGCGAUGGAGGGAGUUAUUUAUGGAAGUCAAACAAUACGCCCGCGCUGAUGAGACGGACAGAAUGAAGAAAGAAUAUGCGGAUUGUGUGAAGACGCUGUCUGCUUUUGCAACUGAAGCCCAGAGGAAAUUUUCUGAACCCUUGCAAGUCUCCUUUAUUAAUGUCAAGUUAUUAAUUCAAGAUUUGGAGGACAUCCAGCAAAGGGUGCCAGUGAUGGACGCUCAGUACAAGGUGAUUACAAAGACCGCUCACCUCAUCGCAAAAGAAAGUCCUCAAGAAGAAGCUAACGAGAUGUUCGCGACCAUGUCUGGGCUCAGGGAGCAGCUAGCCAAGGUCAAAGAAUGUUCCUCCUCACUUCUUUAUGAGUCCCAGCAGCUGUUGAUUCCGUUAGAAGACUUAGAAACGCAGAUGACGAGCUUUUAUGACUCACUUGGAAAAAUCAAUGAAACUAUGACAGUUCUUGAGCGUGAGGCACAAUCUAGUGCUCUUUUUAAGCAAAAACAUCAGGAACUGUUAGCUUGCCAAGAAAGCUGCAAGAAAACCUUGACACUAAUUGAGAAAGGUAGUCAAGGUGUUCAGAAGUUUGUGACCUCGAGCAACGUGUUGAGGCAUUUUGAUCAGACGAUGCUACAAAGACAGAUUGCCGAUGUUCACGUGGCUUUUCAGAAUAUGGUAAAGAAAACGGGAGAUUGGAAGAAACACGUGGAAACCAAUAGUCGCUUGAUGAAGAAAUUUGAGGAGUCUCGAGCAGAGUUGGAGAAGGUGCUGCGGAUUGCUCAGGAGGGCCUGGAGGAAAAGGGGGAUCCGGAAGACCUCCUAAGGAGACACACUGAGUUUUUCAGUCAGCUGGAUCAGAGGGUGCUCAAUGCUUUCCUAAAAGCUUGUGAUGAGCUCACAGACAUCCUCCCCGAGCAGGAGCAGCAGGGCCUGCAGGAAGCUGUUAGAAAGCUCCAUAAACAAUGGAAGGAUCUUCAAGCAGAAGCCCCAUAUCAUUUGCUUCAUCUGAAGAUUGAUGUGGAGAAAAAGAGAUUCUUGGCUUCUGUGGAAGAAUGCAGAACUGAGCUGGAUCGAGAGACCAAGCUGGUGCCCCAGGAAGGCAGUGAGAAGAUGAUUAAAGAGCAUAGGAUUUUCUUCAGUGACAAAGGCCCUCAUCAUCUCGGUGAGAAAAGGUUACAGCUCAUUGAAGAACUGUGUCUGAAGCUGCCCGCACGGGACCCAGGGAGGAACACGCCCGAGACGUGCCACACAGCACUCAGAGAGCUGAGAGCGGCCAUCAACAGCACCUACGAGAAGCUCAUGGAGAACCCAGACAAAUGGAAGGAUUACACCAGCAGAUUUUCUGCGUUUUCCUCUUGGAUAGCUGCAAAGGAGACCCAGUUGAAGGAGAUUAAGGAUGGGCCCAUCGAUACUGCCAACCAUGGAGAGGUCAAACGCGUUGUAGAGGAGAUCAGAAGUGGUGUUACGGAAAAAGGAGAGACUCUUAGCUGGCUGAAAUCCAGGCUUAAAAUUUUAAUUGAAGUUUCUUCUGAGAAGGAAGCCCAAAAGCAAGGAGAUGAGCUGGCUAAAUUAUCUAAUGGCUUCAAGGCUCUGGUAGCUUUGUUGUCAGAGGUUGAAAAGAUGUUAAACAACUUUGGAGACUGUGUCCAGUACAAAGAAAUAGUAAAAAGUUCCCUUGAAGAUUUAAUUUCUGGCUCUAAAGAAGUCCAGGAAGAAGCUGAGAAGAUCUUGAACACUGAAAGUCUGUUUGAAGCCCAGCAGUUACUCCUUCAUCACCAGCAAAAGACAAAGCGGAUCUCUGCAAAGAAGAGAGAGGUGCAGCAGCAGCUUGGGCAGGCACGGCAAGGAGAAGGGGGGCUGCGGGGCCGAGUGCAGGAGGAGCUGCAGCAGCUGCAGGGCACCCUGGACAGCGUGGAGCACAGCCGGGAGAAGCAGGAGCGCCGCAUCCAGGUUACAUUAAGAAAAUGGGAGCGAUUUGAAACAAACAAAGAGACGGUAGUCAGAUACCUUUUCCAAACAGGUUCCAGUCACGAACGCUUCUUGAGCUUUAGCAGUUUGGAAAGCUUGUCUUCAGAAUUGGAACAGACAAAGGAGUUUUCUAAGCGGACAGAAGGCAUUGCAGUUCAGGCCGAGAACCUUGUGAAGGAAGCCUCAGAAAUACCGCUUGGACCCAAGAAUGAGCAGUUACUUCAAAAGCAGGCCAAGUCAAUCAAAGACCAAGUCAAAAAAUUAGAAGACACACUUGAAGAAGAUAUUAAAACCAUGGAAAUGGUGAAAAGCAAGUGGGAUCAUUUUGGCAGUAAUUUUGAGACCCUGUCCAUCUGGAUAACUGAGAAAGAGAAAGAACUCAGUGCCUUGGAAAGUCUCUCAUCGGCCUUGGAUGUGCAAAUCGGCCAGAUUAAGGUCACAAUUCAGGAAAUAGAAAGUAAGAUCAGCAACAUUACAGGAUUAGAAGAAGAAGCGCAGUCUUUUGCUCAGUUUGUUACCACCGGAGAAUCUGCCCGAAUCAAAGCCAAGUUGACACAAGUAAGAAGAUACUGGGAAGAACUCCGAGAACACGCACGGUGCCUGGAGGCAACAAUCCUGGGACGUUUGUCUCAAGAGCAAAAGUUCGAAGAGAACCUUAGAAAGAUGCAGCAGUCUGUGUCUGAAUUUGCGGAUAAACUUGCUGACCCUGAUCUAGUUAAACCAUGUUCUUCCGCUGCAGAAACGUACAAAGUUCUCCAGGAGCAUAUGGAUCUAUGUCAGGCUCUGGAGUCACUGAACAGCACAGUUGCUGCUUUCUCAGCCAGUGCCCGCAAGGUCACGACCAGAGAGUCCGCUGUCCAGGAGGCUUUGGCUCUACGGCAGCAAUAUGAGGGGGUGCUGAGCAGGGCUAAGGAGAGACAGACUAUGCUGGAGAGCCGCCUGGCCCACUGGCAGAGGCUAGAGAAAGAGCUGUCGACCUUUCUGACUUGGUUAGAGCGGUGCGAAGCCAUGGCAAGUUCCCCAGAAGUGGGCGUUUCUGCAGACAGAGUCAAAGUGGAGGGUGAACUUCAGCUAAUACAGGCCCUGCAAAGUGAAGUUGUGUCCCAGGCCUCACUCUACAGCAACCUUUUGCAAAUGAAGGAAUCGCUGUUCUCAGUGGCCUCUGGGGAGGAUGUGAAGAUGAUGAAGCUGCGUCUGGAGCAGCUGGAUGAGAGAUGGAGAGUUUUGCCACAGAUCAUUAGCAAGAGGAUUAAUUUUCUUCAGUCUGUGGUUGCGGAGCACCAGCAAUUUGAUGAGCUGCUGCUUUCCUUUUCUGUCUGGAUUAAGCUGUUUCUCAGUGAAUUACAAACGACCUCUGAGAUAAGUGUAAUAGACCAUCAAGCAGCUCUUAUUCGGCAUAAGGACCAUGCAGCAGAAAUAGAGAGCAAAAAGGGAGAAAUGAAGAGUCUGCAGGGGCACCUGGCAAAGCUGGCUUCUCUCGGCCGUGCCGAGGACUUCCACCUCCUCCAGGGCAAGGCAGAGGACUGCUUCCAGCUGUUUGAGGAGGCCAGCCAGGUUGUGGAGAGGCGACAGCUUGCCCUGUGCCAGUUAGCAGAAUUCCUACAGAGUCAUGCCUCUCUGUCAGGGGUUCUCCACCAGGUGAGGCAAACGGUGGAAGCCACUGACGGUAUGAAUAAGAAACAGUCUGACUUAUUAGAAAAGGACUUAAAUGAUGCCAUUCAAGAUGCUAAGACAUUAGAGUCUACUGCCAUUGGUCUUGACGGCAUUCUUACCAAAGCCCAAUACCAUCUGAGAAGUGGAAGCUCUGAGCAAAGGACUUCCUGCAGAUCCAUGGCUGAUCAGCUCAGUUUGGAGUUAGAGAGGAUCCAGAACCUCCUGGGAACCAAGCAGAGUGAGGCAGAUGCCCUGGCAGCAUUGAAAAAGGCAUUCUUGGACCAGAAAGAGGAGCUACUGAAAAGCAUUGAGGACAUCGAAGAAAGGACAGACAAAGAGCAAUUAAAAGAACCGACCCGGCAAGCUCUUCAACAGAGGUUGAGAGUCUUUAAUCAGUUGGAGGAUGAACUGAAUUCUCAUGAGCAUGAACUAUGUUGGUUGAAAGACAAAGCAAAACAGAUUGCCCAGAAAGAUAUAGCUUUUGCACCUGAAAUCGACAGAGAGAUAAACCGUUUAGAAGUCACCUGGGAUGAUACCAAAAAAUUGAUUCAUGAAAACCAGGGUCAAUGCUGUGGACUCAUUGACUUAAUGAGGGACUACCAGAACUUGAAGUCAGCUGUAUUGAAAGUUCUAGAAAAUGCCAGCAGUGUGAUUGGAAUCAGAACUACUAUAAAAGAUCAAGAGGACCUAAAAUGGGCAUUAUCCAAGCAUGAAGCUGCCAAGAAUGACAUGAAUAAGAAGCAGAAAGAGUUGGAUAACUUUACCAGUAAAGGAAAACACUUGUUGUCUGAGCUGAAAAAAAUUCACAGCAGUGAUUUCACCUUGGUGAAAACAGACAUGGAGAGCACGGUGGACAAAUGGCUGGAUGUAUCAGAGAGAAUUGAAGAAAACAUGGAUAGGCUGAGGGUAAGCCUGUCCAUUUGGGAUGAUGUCCUUGCAGGUAAAGAUGAAAUCGAGGGGUGGGCAAACAACUCUGUCCCACAACUGGCUGAAAGCAUCAGCAACCUGAAUAACAGCCUUAAAAUGGAAGAAUUUCUUAAAGAAUUUGAGUCUGAAGUUAAAAACAAAGCACUGAGAUUGGAAGAACUUCAUUCCAAAGUUAAUGACCUCAAAGAGUUAACUAAAAAUCCAGAAACACCACCGGACCUUCAGUUUAUAGAAACAGACUUAAGGCAGAAAUUGGAGCACGCCAAAGAAAUAACUGAAGUGGCUAAAGGAACCCUGAAAGAUUUCACUGCUCAGACCUCCCAAGUAGAGAGAUUCAUUAAUGACAUAACAGCCUGGCUGACGAAGCUGGAAGAAUCCUUGCUGAACUGUGCUCAGACUGAGACUUGUGAGGGUUUGAAAAAAGUAAAGGAUAUACAAAAAGAACUUCAAAGUCAGCAAAGCAACAUCAGCUCAACCCAAGAAAAUCUCAAUAGCUUAUGCCGCAAGUACCACUCAGUGGAGUUGGAGAGCUUAGGCAGUGCAAUGACUGGGCUGAUAAAGAAACAUGAAGCUGUAAGCCAGUUGUGUUCCAAAACACAGACCAGUCUUCAGGAUUCUCUGGAAAAACACUUCAAUGAGUCCAUGCAGGAAUUCCAAGAGUGGUUUUCUGGAGUAAAGGCAGCAGCCAAAGAAUCAUCAGAUAGAAGUGGUGACAGCAGAGUUCUGGAGGCCAAGCUCCAUGACCUUCAGAACAUUCUGGACUCUGUCAGCGACGGACAGAGCAAGCUUGAUGCUCUGACUCAAGAAGGACAAACUUUGUAUGCAUAUUUGUCUAAACAAAUUGUCAGUACCAUUCAGGAAUGCAUUACAAAGGCUAAUGAAGAGUUUCAGACAUUUCUGAAGCAAUGCCUCAAAGACAAACAGGCUCUUCAAGACUGUGCUUUAGAACUUGGGAGCUUUGAGGAUCAGCACCGAAAGCUGAGCUUAUGGAUCCAUGAAAUGGAAGAGAGGUUAAGUACAGAAAACUUGGGUGAGAGUAAACAGCACAUUCCUGAGAAGAAAAAUGAAGUCCAUAAAGUUGAAAUGUUCUUGGGAGAGCUACUGGCUGCAAGAGAGUCUCUCGAUAAGCUGUCCCAGAGAGGGCAGCUUCUCAGUGAAGAAGGCCAUGGUGCUGGGAAGGAAGGUCGUCUGUGCUCCCAGCUCCUCACUAGCUACCAGAAUUUGCUCAGAAUGACCAAGGAGCAUCUCCGGAGCUGCCAGGUGGCCCUUCAGGAGCAUGAAGCCCUGGAAGAAGCACUUCAGAGCAUGUGGUCCUGGGGGAAGGACAUCCAAGACAGACUGGCCUGUGCAGAGAGUACUGUUGGAAGCAAGGAUACGUUGGAAAAGCAGUUGUUACAAAUACAAGAAAUUCUCCUGUUGAAGGGGGAAGGCGAAGUUAAGUUGAACAUGGCCAUUGGCAAAGGGGAGCAGGCCUUGAGAAGCAGCAACAAAGAGGGUCAGAAGGUGAUUCAAACUCAGCUGCAGGCGCUUAAAGACAUGUGGGCUAGCAUCGUGAGCUCCUCCAUCCGUGCUCAGAGCACUUUAGAGUCUGUGAUUAGCCAAUGGAAUGAGUAUCUAGAGAGGAAAAACCAGUUGGAGCAGUGGAUGGAAUCAGUGGAUCAAAAAGUCGAGCAUCCAUUACAGCUGCAACCAGGUCUGAAAGAGAAGUUUGCCCUGCUGGACCACUUCCAGUCCAUCGUGUCCGAGGCAGAAGACCAUGCCGGAGCCCUUCACCACCUAAUUGCAAAUGCCAGGGAGCUCUACGAGAAGACCAAGGAUGCGUCUUUCAAGGAAACAGCUCAAGAGGAACUGAAAACACAGUUUAAUGAUAUAAUAACUGUUGCUAAGGAAAAAAUGAGAAAAGUCGAAGAGACUGUGAAAGACCAUCUGAUGUACUUGGAUGCUGUCCAUGAAUGUACCGAUUGGCUCCAUUCAGCUAAGGAAGAACUUCACCGGUGGUCAGAUAUGUCUGAAGAUUCAUCAGCCACCCAGAAGAAGUUGUCCAAGAUUAAGGAGUUGAUAGAUUCCAGAGAGAUUGGUGCAAGCCGCCUGAGCAGAGUGGAGUCGCUGGCUCCAGUCGUGAAACAGGACACAAGUGCCAGGGGGUGUGAGCUCAUGGACGCGGAGAUGCAGGCCCUGCGAGCGGACUGGAAGCAGUGGGAAGACAGUGUAUCCCAGACAAGGAGCAGCUUGGAGACCCUGGCCAGCCAGAUGGCCCUCUCGGAGCAGGAGUUCUCAGCCCAAGUGGCUCAGCUCGAGGAGGCCCUGGGACAGUUCGGUGCCCUCCUGAAAACCUGGUCUCAGCAGUUAACCCUCCUGGAAGGCAAGAACACGGAUAAGGAGCUGGUAGCAUGCUGGCACGAAGGAAAAGAGAUCCUGGAUGCUCUAGAAAAAGCAGAGCCAAAGACUGAAGACCUCAAGUCUCAGCUGAAUGAACUUUGUCGAUUUUCCAGAGACCUAAGUACAUACAGUGAAAAAGUUUCUGCCUUGAUUAAAGAAUAUAACUGUCUUUGUUUGCAAGCAUCCAAGGGCUGCCAGAAUAAAGAACAGAUUUUACAGCAAAGAUUUCGAAAAGCCUUCAGGGACUUCCAGCAGUGGCUGGUGAAUGCGAAAAUCACGACAGCCAAAUGUUUUGAUAUACCUCAAAAUAUUAAUGAAGUUUCAACAAGCCUUCAAAAAAUACAGGAGUUUUUGUCAGAAAGUGAGAAUGGGCAGCACAAACUAAACAUGGUGUUAUCUAAAGGAGAACUCUUGAGUACUCUGUUGACCAAAGAGAAAGCUAAAGGUAUCCAGGCCAAACUUGAGACGGCAAAAGAAGACUGGAAGAAUUUUCAUUCAAAUCUCCACCAAAAGGAAUCUGUCCUAGAGAACCUCAAGAUCCAAAUGAAGGACUUUGAAGUCAGUGCUGAGCCUGUGCAGGACUGGCUGAGUAAAACAGAGAAGAUGGUGCUGGAAAGCAGCAGUCGGCUCUAUGAUCUGCCAGCAAAGAGGAGAGAACAGCAGAAGCUCCAGUCUGUCCUUGAGGAAAUAAACUGCUACGAGUCUCAGCUCCACAGGCUAAAAGAGAAAGCUCAGCAGCUGUGGGAAGGACAAGCUGCCAGCAAGAGCUUUCUGCACAGAGUGUCGCAGCUGUCUUCUCAGUAUCUAGCUCUAAGCAAUGUAACAAAGGAGAAAGUAUCCAGAUUGGAUAGAAUUGUUGCCGAACACAAUCAGUUCUCUCUCGGAAUUAAAGAGCUCCAAGACUGGGUGACAGACGCGAUUCACAUGCUGGAUUCUUACUGCCACCCCACCUCUGACAAAAGUGUGCUGGACAAAAGGAUGCUGAAGCUUGAGGCCCUAUUAUCAGUGAAACAGGAAAAAGAGAUCCAGAUGAAGAUGAUAGUGACCAGAGGUGAGUCUGUCCUUCAGAACACCUCUCCAGAAGGCAUCCCGGCCAUUCAGCAGCAGCUGCAGACCGUGAAGGAGAUGUGGGCUUCCCUUUUGUCUUCCGGGAUUCGCUGUAAAAGUCAACUCGAAGGAGCCCUUUCUAAAUGGACAAGUUAUCAGGAGGAUGUCCGACAGUUUUCCAGUUGGAUGGACGGUACUGAAGCCAGCAUAAAUGAGUCUGAGCGGCAGUGUGCAGAGCUGCGGGAGAAAACAGCUGCUCUCGGAAAAGCCAAGUUGUUAAAUGAAGAAGUGCUGAGUCACAGCAGCUUGCUGGAGACCAUUGAAGUCAAAAGGGCCGGCAUGACGGAACACUAUGCCACCCAGUUAGAGCUCCAGGAUCUGCAGGAACGAUACCAAGCAAUCAAAGAGAGGGCCAAGGAAGCAGUAACCAAGUCUGAAAAACUAGUUCGCCUGCACCAGGAGUAUCAGCGAGAACUAAAGGCAUUUGAAAUUUGGCUGGGACAAGAACAAGAAAAACUUGGCCGAUACUCAGUUCUUGAAGGCGAUGCCCAGUCUCAUGAGACAAUAUUACACGAUCUUCAGGAGCUACAGGUACACUGCGCAGAGGGCCAGGCCUUGUUGAAUGCAGUGCUGCACACCAGGGAGGAAGUGAUCCCGUCCGGCAUCCCGCAGACCGAGGACCGGGCCCUGGAGUCCCUGCGGCAGGACUGGCAGGCUUACCAGCAGAGGCUCUCCGAGACCCGGACUCAGUUCAAUAACGUGGUGAACAAACUGAGGCUCAUGGAACAGAAGUUUCAGCAAGUCGAUGAAUGGCUGAAAGCAAUGGAGGAGAAAGUGAGCCUGAGGACUGGGUGUCAGUCUAGCCGAGCAACCAAGGAGAUACAGUUACAUCAGAUGAAGAAGUGGCAUGAAGAAGUUGCAGCACACAGAGAUGAAGUGGAGGAGGUGGGGGCUCGAGCACAGGAGAUCCUGGACGAGAGCCACGUGAGCAGCAGUCUGGGCUGCCAGGCCACCCAGCUGACUUCCAGAUACCAGGCCCUUCUGCUCCAGGUGCUGGAACAAAUAAAAUUCCUGGAGGAAGAGAUCCAGAGUUUGGAGGAAUCCGAAUUAUCUCUUAGUUCCUAUGCUGAUUGGUACAACUCUACUCAUAAAAACUUUAAGAAUGUGGCUACCAAAAUUGAUAAAGUAGACAAAGCCAUGAUGGGGAAGAAAAUGAAGGCGCUGGAGGUUUUGCUAAAGGAUAUGGAGAAAGGGCACAGUUUGCUGAAAUCAGCCCGGGAGAAAGCAGAGAGGGCUCUUAAAUUCUUAGAGGAUGGUGAGGCGGCGUCAUUGAGGAAAGAGAUCCACGACCACGUGGAGCAGUUGAAGGAGCUGACCAGCAAUGUUCGGAAAGAGCACAUGGCCCUGGAAAAAGGCCUUCAUUUAGCAAAGGAAUUCUCAGAUAAAUAUAAAGCACAAACUCAGUGGAUAGCAGAAUACCAGCAAAUCCUACACAUUCCUGAAGAACCCAAGAUGGAAUUAUAUGAGAAAAAAGCUCAGUUGUCUAAAUACAAGUCACUUCAACAAAUGGUGCUGUCCCAUGAGCCAUCAAUAAAAUCGGUGAGAGAGAAAGGAGAAGCUCUUCUGGAACUGGUGCAGGAUGCUACUUUAAAAGACAAAAUAGAGAAACUUCAAGCUGAUUACCAGGACCUCUGCAGUGCAGGAAAGGAGCAUGUCUUCAGCCUGGAGGUGAAAGUCAAAGACCACGAAGAUUACAACAGUGAGCUCCAGGAAGUGGAAAAGUGGCUCUUACAGAUGUCAGGCCGACUGGUGGCACCUGACCUCAUGGAGACCAGCAGCCUGGAGACAAUCACCCAGCAGCUGGCCCAUCACAAGGCAAUGAUGGAAGAAAUUGCUGGCUUCGAAGACCGUUUGAACAACCUUAAAAUUAAAGGCGACAAUCUGAUCAGCCAGUGUGCAGACCACCUUCAAGCUAAACUUAAACAAAACGUGCUCGCUCAUCUGCAGGGGACAAAGGAUAGUUACUCAGCAAUCUGCAGUACAGCUCAGAGGGUGUACCAGAGUCUGGAACAUGAGCUUAAGAAGCACGUCAGCCGACAAGAUACGCUGCAACAGUGCCAGGCCUGGCUUUCUACAGUCCAACCUGAUUUAAAGCCAAGCCCUCAUCCACCUCUUAGCCGGGCAGAAGCUGUUAAGCAGGUCAAACACUUCAGAGCUUUGCAAGAGCAGGCACGCACCUACUUAGAUCUUCUUUGCUCCAUGUGUGACUUGUCCAACCCCUCGGUAAAGACCACAGCAAAGGACAUUCAACAAACAGAGCAAAUGAUUGAACAGAGGCUAGCCCAGGCCCAGACCCUAACUCAGGGCUGGGAGGAGAUCAAGCACAUGGAAGCUGAGUUUUGGAUUUAUCUUCAGGAUACCGAUCAGCAGCUGCAGAAUAUGAAGAGGAGGCAUUCAGAACUGGAGCUAAAUAUUGCACAGAACAUGGUUUCCCAAGUAAAGGAUUUUGUUAAGAAAGUACAGUCCAAACAGGCAUCAGUGGCUGCUAUCACAGAAAAGGUGAAUAAGUUAACAAAGAAGCAGGAGUCUCCUGAACACAAGGAAAUAAGUCAUUUAAAUGACCAGUGGUCAGAUCUGUGCCUUCAGUCUAACAAUCUGUGCUCACAAAGAGAAGAGGAUCUUCAGAGAACAAGAGAUUACCAUGACUCUAUGAAGGUCAUUGAAGUAUUCUUAGAGAAAUUUACUACAGACUGGGAUAACUUGGCCAGAUCCGACGCAGAGAGUACUGCUGUCCACCUGGAGGCUUUGAAGCAGUUAGCACUGGCGUUGCAGGAAAAAAAGUAUGCUAUUGAAGAGCUGAAAGACCAAAAGCAGAAAAUGAUGGAGCACCUAAAUCUAGAUGACAGAGAAUUAGUCAAAGAGCAGACGGGUCACUUUGAACAACGUUGGUUUCAGCUUGAGGACCUCGUUAAAAGGAAAAUCCAAGUGUCAGUCACCAAUCUGGAGGAGUUGAACGUGGUGCAGUCCAGAUUUAAGGAGCUGAUGGAGUGGGCAGAAGAGCAGCGGCCCAAUUUUGCUGAGGCCCUGAAGCAGAGCCCCCCUCCUGAUGUGGCGCGCAAGCUCCUUAUGGACCAUCUCGCCAUUUGCAGUGAGCUGGAGGCCAAGCGGGUGCUCCUGAAGUCCCUCAUGAAGGACGCUGACAGGGUGAUGGUAGAUCUCGGCCUUAAUGAGCGGCAGCAGAUCCAGAAGGCACUCUCGGAUGCACAGAGGCACGUGAGUUGUCUCAGUGACCUUGUGGGCCAGAGACGAAAGUACUUAAACAAGGCCUUGUCUGAGAAAACUCAGUUUCUCAUGGCGGUGUUCCAGGCGACCAGCCAGAUUCAACAACAUGAGCGGAAAAUUAUGUUCCGUGAACACAUCUGCCUCUUACCAGAUGAUGUGAGCAAACAAGUUAAAACAUGUAAGAGUGCACAAGCCAGCCUCAAGACUUACCAAAAUGAAGUCACUGGGCUUUGGGCCCAGGGCCGUGACUUAAUGAAAGGAGCCACAGAACAGGAAAAGAAUGAAGUACUAGGGAAACUCCAGGACUUGCAGAGCGUCUAUGACACAGUUUUACAAAAGUGUAGCCAUCGACUACAAGAGCUGGAGAAAAAUUUAGUUUCUAGGAAGCAUUUCAAGGAAGAUUUCGAUAAAGCUUGUCACUGGCUAAAACAAGCAGAUAUUGUUACAUUUCCCGAAAUCAACCUCAUGAAUGAGAGUGCUGAGCUUCAUGCACAACUGGCCAAAUACCAACACAUUCUCGAACAAUCUCCAGAAUAUGAAAAUCUUCUACUUAAUCUGCAGAGAGCUGGGCAGGCCAUGUUACCGUCGCUGAACGAAGUCGAUCAUUCCUACCUCAGUGAAAAGCUAAAUUCUCUGCCCCAGCAAUUUAAUGUUAUUGUGGCCUUGGCGAAAGACAAGUUCUAUAAAGUCCAAGAAGCAAUUCUCGCUCGGAAUGAAUACGCUUCUUUGAUUGAGUUGACUGCCCAGUCUCUGAGUGACCUUGAAGACCAGUUCUUAAAGAUGAGCAAAGUUCCCACUGACCUGGUCAUUGAAGAAGCCGUGUCUCUUCAGGAUGGCUGCAGAGCUCUUCUGGGACAGGUGGUGAGCCUGGGGGAAGCGGUAGAUGAACUGAACCAGAAGAAAGAGAGUUUCCAGAGCACAGGCCAGCCUUGGCAGCCAAACGAGAUGCUAAACCUUGUCACCUUGUAUCACAGGCUGAAACGGCAAGCAGAACAACGGGUCAGCCUAUUAGAAGACACUACUACGGCUUACCAAGAGCAUGAGAAGAUGUGCCAACAGUUAGAGAAACAACUAGAGGCUGUGAAACAGGAGCAGUCCAAAGUGAAUGAGGAGACACUUCCUGCAGAGGAGAAGCUCAAAAUGUAUCAUUCCCUGGCAGGAAGUCUUCAGGAUUCAGGAAUUCUCCUAAAACGAGUCACCGUGCACCUUGAAGAUCUUUCUCCACAACUUGAUCCCCUGGCUUAUGAGAAUGCCAAACAUAAGCUCCAGUCCUGGCAAGACGAGCUGAGAGGGUUGACUUCUGCCAUUGGUGAGACAGUUACAGAGUGCGAGAGCCGAAUGAUCCAGAGUAUAGACUUCCAGACGGAGAUGAGCCGCUCCCUGGACUGGCUGAGAAGGGUGAAAGCAGAGCUAAGUAGGCCAGUGUGCCUGGACCUGAACCUACAGGACAUCCAGGAGGAGAUCAGAAAGAUCCAGAUCCAACAGGAAGAGGUACAGUCCAGCUUGAGGAUAAUGAAUGCCCUGAGUCACAAGGAGAAGGAGAAAUUCACGAAAGCAAAGGAGCUGAUUUCUGGUGAUUUGGAACACACGCUCGCUGAACUCUCAGAGCUCGAUGGGGAAGUUCAGGAAGCUUUACGCACCAGACAGGCUGCCUUGACCGAAAUAUAUAGCCAGUGUCAACAAUAUUAUCAAGUAUUUCAAGCAGCUAAUGUCUGGCUUCAAGAUGCCCAGGAAAUAUUACAGCUGGCAGGCAAUGGCCUGGAUGUGGAGAGCUCAGAGGGAAAUCUGAAGAGCCACGUGGAGUUUUUCAGUACAGAGGACCAGUUCCGCAGCAACCUGGAGGCACUUCAGGGCCUGGUAUCCAACCUCAACCCACUCAUCAAGCCCACCGGGAAGGAGGAGCUCGCACAGAAAAUGGCUUCCUUAGAGGAGAGGAGUCGGGGGAUAAUACAGGACUCUCACGUGCAACUGGAUCUUUUACAAAGAUGUGCAGCUGAAUGGCAGGAUUAUCAGAAAGCACGGGAAGAGGUUAUUGAAUUAAUGAAUGAUGCAGAAAAGAAAUUGUCUGAGUUUUCUUUAUUGAAGACUUCUUCCAGUCAUGAAGCAGAAGAAAAACUAUCAGAACACAAGAGUUUGGUGUCCAUAGUUAACUCUUUCCACGAGAAGAUUGUGGCCCUGGAGGAAAAAGCUUCACAGUUGGAAAAAACUGGAAACGAUGCAAGCAAAGCCACCAUUAGCAGGUCGACAACUACUGUCUGGCAGCGCUGGACGCGGCUCCAUGCGGUCGCCCAGGACCAGCAGAAGAUUUUGGAAGAUGCAGUAGAUGAAUGGAAGAACUUUAACAAUAAGGUUAAAAAGGCCACUGAAAUGAUUGAUCAUCUGCAAGACAAGGUACCGGAAAGCUCAGCAGAGAAGGCCUCCAAAGCAGAACUCGUAAUCCUCCUUGAAAACCACGACACCCUGGUUGUGGAGCUGGAGCAGCAGCAGGAGGCCCUCGGCGUGCUGCGGCAACAAGCCCUGAGCGUGCUCCAGGACGGGGCUGGCCCAGCCGCUCCUGGAGAAGAGCCACCCGUCAUGCAGGAAAUCACAGCAAUGCAAGACCGCUGCCUAAACAUGCAGGAGAAAGUGAAGAGUAAUGGAAAACUGGUAAAACAGGAGCUGAAAGAACGAGAAGUGGUGGAGACUCAGAUCAGCUCUGUGAAAUCAUGGGUUCAGGAAACGAAGGAAUAUUUGGGAAAUCCAACAAUAGAGAUAGAUGCUCAACUUGAAGAACUUCAGAUUCUUUUAACAGAAGUCACAAAUCACCGGCAGAACAUUGAGACAAUGGCUGAAGAACAGAAGAAGAAGUACCUGGGCUUUUGUACGAUAUUACCUUCUGAGCUCUCCCUUCGGUUAGCUGAAGUAGCGUUAGACCUGGGAACUAUUCAUGAUCAGAUCCAGGACAAAGUAAAAGCAGUUGAGCAGAGCAAGGCCAUGAGCCAGGAGCUCAGCCGGGAAAUGCAGAAGACAGCCAAAGAUCUCACAACUAUUCUAACGAAGCUGAAAGCCAAGACAGAUAAUAUAGUUCAAGCUAAAACUGAACAAAAGGUGCUGGGAGAAGAGUUAGAUGGCUACAAUGUAAAGUUAAUGGAACUAGAUGCAGCAGUUCAAAAAUUCUCUGAAGAAAAUGGCCAACUGGGUAAGCCACUGGUCAAGAAGAUAGGAAAACUGGCUGAACUCCACCAGCAGACCAUUAGGCAGGCUGAAAACCGGCUCUCCAAGCUCAGCCAGGCAGCAUCCCAUUUGGAAGAAUACAAUGAAAUGCUUGAACUCAUUUUGAAGUGGACUGAGAAAGCUAAAGUCUUGGUACAUGGAAAUAUUGCGUGGAAUUCUGCAAGCCAGCUUCGGGAACAAUACAUUUCACAUCAGACUCUGCUAGAAGAAUCUGAAGAAAUUCACAGCGACCUGGAAGCAAUGUCUGAGAAACUACAGCACCUUACUAGUGUGUACUAUACAGAGAAAAUGGCUCAGCAAGUGGCAGAAUUGGGACGGGAGACUGAGGAGUUACAACAGAUGAUCAAAAUUCGUUUGCAGAAUCUCCAAGAUGCUGCCAAGGAUAUGAAGAAAUUUGAAGCAGAGCUAAAAAACUUGCAAGCUGCUUUGGAGCAAGCCCAGACGACUUUAACUUCCCCAGAAAUCAGCCGUCUCAGCCUCAAGGAGCAACUAUCUCAUCGACAGCAUUUGUUGUCAGAGAUGGAGUCGCUAAAGCCAAAGGUCCAAGCUGUGCAGAUGUGCCAAAGCGCGCUCCGGGUCCCCGAGGAUGUGGUGACCAGCCUGGCGCUCUGCCACGCGGCUCUGCUCCUGCAGGACGAGGCCAGCCGGUUGCAGCAUGCAGCCAUCCAGCAAUGCAACAUCAUGCAGGAGGCUGUAGUGCAGUAUGAACAGUACGAGCAAGAAAUGAAGCACCUCCAACAGCUAAUUGAAGGAGCUCACAGAGAGAUUGAGGACAAGCCGGUGGCCACCAGUAACAUCCAGGAGCUGCAAGCCCAGAUUUCUCGGCACGAGGAGCUGGCUCAGAAAAUCAAGGACUACCAAGAGCAGAUCGCCUCUCUGAAUUCCAAGUGCAAGAUGCUGACCAUGAAAGCCAAGCACGCCACUAUGCUGCUGACGGUGACCGAGGUAGAAGGGCUGGCGGAAGGGACCGAGGACCUAGACGGGGAGCUCCUCCCCGCGCCUUCGGCCCACCCCUCUGUGGUCAUGAUGACUGCAGGUCGCUGUCAUACUUUGCUGUCACCUGUCACUGAGGAGUCUGGGGAGGAGGGAACCAACAGUGAGAUUUCCUCUCCACCUGCCUGUCGCUCCCCUUCACCUGUGGCUAAUGCAGAUGCUUCUGUCAACCAGGACAUUGCUUAUUACCAAGCCUUAUCUGCUGAGAGGUUGCAGACCGAGGCAGCGAGGAUUCACCCCAGCGCACAGUCAGCCCGGGAGCUCUGUGAGCCAGGACUGGAGCCCCACACUACGGCUAACCUGGAUGAUUUGCAGCGGUCUUGGGAAACCUUAAAGAAUGUGAUCAGUGAAAAGCAGCGUACACUCUAUGAAGCUUUGGAACGCCAACAAAAAUACCAGGAUUCCCUUCAGUCCAUCUCCACAAAAAUGGAGGCCAUUGAGAUGAAGCUAAAUGAGUGUCUAGAACCUGGCAAGAGUCCCGAAAGCCAGAUGGCUGAACAUCAGUUUUUCCUACAGGCAUUGAUGGAUGAGAUUCUCAUGCUUCAAGAUGAAAUCAACGUGCUCCAGUCAUCUCUCGCAGAGGAGCUGGUGUCCGAGUCACCCGAGUCCGACCCCGCGGAGCAGCUGGCCCUGCAGUCCACGCUCACUGUCUUGGCCGAGCGAAUGUCUACCAUCAAGAUGAAAGCUUCAGGGAAACGACAGCUUCUGGAGGAAAAGCUAAAUGACCAACUGGAGGAACAGAGGCAGGAACAAGCCCUGCAGAGGUACCGCUGCGAAGCCGACGAGCUGAACCACUGGCUCCUGAACACUAAGGCCACACUGGACAUUGCGCUGGGCACGCCCAAGGAGCCCAUGGACAUGGAAGCUCAGCUGGUAGACUGCCAGAACAUGCUGGUGGAAAUAGAGCAGAAGGUGGUGGCCUUAUCAGAACUGUCGGUCCACAAUGAAAACCUACUCCUGGAGGGCAAGGCACACACAAAGGACGAGGCUGAGCAGCUGGCAGUUAAGCUGAGAACAUUGAAGGGGAGCCUGCUGGAGCUACAGAGAGCCCUGUAUGACAAGCGGCUCAACAUCCAGCAGGGGACAACCCAAGAGAAGGAGGAGAGUGAUGCCGACCUGACCGCCACCCAGAGCCCCGGGGUCCAGGAGUGGCUGACCCACGCACGCACCACGCGGACUCACCAGCGGCAGAGCAGUCUCCAGCAACGAAAAAAGUUAGAACAGGAACUAGCGGAACAGAAGAGCCUCCUCCGGUCUGUCGCCAGUCGUGGAGAAGAAAUUCUCAGCCAACACUCAGCUGCAGAGGCCUCUGGCGCUGGUGAAAAACCUGAUGUGUUAUGCCAGGAGUUGGGGAUGGAGGGGGAGAAGUCAUCCACUGAAGACCAGAUGAGAAUGAAAUGGGAAAGCCUUCAUCAAGAAUUUAGUACCAAGCAGAAACUACUACAGAAUGUCCUGGAACAGGAGCAAGAGCAAGUGCUUUACAGCAGGCCAAACCGGCUCCUGUCUGGCGCACCACUAUACAAAGGGGAUGGGCAGGCCCAAGACAAGUCUGCCGUCACAUCUUUGCUGGAUGGACUGAACCAGGCCUUCGAGGAGGUUUCAUCCCAGGGUGGAGGGACAAAAAGGCAGAGCAUUCACUUGGAACAGAAGUUAUAUGAUGGGGUCUCAGCUACUUCCACUUGGUUGGAUGACGUAGAAGAGCGUUUAUUUGUUGCCACAGCUCUGUUACCAGAAGAAACAGAAACUUGCCUCUUCAAUCAAGAGACUCUUGCCAAAGAUAUUAAGGAAAUGUCUGAAGAAAUGGAUAGGAACAAGAACUUGUUUUCCCAAGCAUUUCCAGAGAAUGGUGAUAACCGGGACGUUAUUGAAGACACAUUAGGCUGCCUUUUGGGCAGAUUAUCGUUGCUGGACUCAGUAGUAAAUCAGCGAUGUCAUCAAAUGAAAGAAAGACUUCAGCAAAUACUAAAUUUCCAGAAUGAUCUGAAGGUGCUGUUUACAUCACUGGCUGACAACAAAUACAUCGUUCUACAGAAACUGGCAAAUGUGUUUGAACAGCCUGUAGCAGAACAAAUAGAGGCAAUACAACAGGCCGAAGAUGGGCUAAAGGAAUUGGAUGCAGGAAUCACUGAAUUAAAAAGGCGUGGUGACAAGUUGCAGAUUGAGCAGCCUUCCCUGCAAGAGCUCUCCAGACUCCAGGAUAUGUACGAUGAACUGAUGGUGACCAUUGGCUCCCGAAGGAGUGGGCUGAACCAGAAUCUUGCACUUAAGAGUCAAUAUGAAAGGGCCCUGCAAGACCUGGCUGACCUUCUAGAAACCGGACAAGAGAAGAUGGCAGGAGACCAGAAAAUCAUUGUGUCUUCCAAGGAGGAAGUCCACCAACUGCUUGACAAACAUAAGGAAUACUUUCAGGGCCUGGAAUCUCAUAUGAUCUUGACCGAAACCCUCUUCAGGAAGAUAAUCAGCUUUGCAGUGCUAAAGGAAACUCAAUUCCACGAAGAACUGAUGACUCAGGCUUCUGCUGUCCUGAAGCGGGCUCACAAGAGGGGCGUGGAACUGGAGUACAUUCUAGAGACAUGGUCCCGGCUGGAUGAGGACCACCAGGAGCUCAGCAGACAGCUGGAAGUGGUGGAGAGCAGCAUCCCUAGCGUGGGUUUGGUGGAGGAGAGUGAGGACAGGCUCAUUGACCGGAUAACACUCUACCAGCAUUUAAAAUCCAGCCUUAAUGAAUACCAGCCCAAAUUAUAUCAGGUAUUAGACGAUGGGAAGCGACUUCUGAUAUCCGUUAGCUGCUCAGAUCUGGAGAGCCAGCUCAAUCACCUUGGAGAGCACUGGCUGACCAACACCAGCAAAGUGGCUAAGGAACUUCACAGACUGGAAACAAUACUGAAACACUGGACCAGAUAUCAGAGUGAAUCGGCAGCUCUAAUCCAGUGGUUACAAUCUGCAAAAGACAAGCUAGAAUUUUGGUCCCAGCAAUCUGUGACAGUCCCACAAGAACUGGAAAUGGUCCGUGACCAUCUGAAUGCUUUCCUGGAAUUUUCUAAAGAAGUGGAUGCCCAAUCUUCCCUGAAAUCCUCUGUUCUGAGCACCGGAAACCAGCUCCUCCGAUUUAAAAAGGUAGACACAGCCACCCUGCGGGCGGAGCUGUCCCACAUUGACAGCCAGUGGACUGAACUGCUGACCAAUAUUCCUGUCGUACAGGAAAAGCUCCACCAGCUCCAGAUGGACAAGCUGCCUUCCCGCCAUGCCAUUACUGAAGUCAUGAGUUGGAUUUCUCUGAUGGAAAGUGUCAUUCAAAAGGAUGAAGAGAAUAUCAAAAAUGCCAUAGGUUACAAAGAAGUUCAUGAAUACCUUCAGAAAUACAAAGGUUUUAAGAUAGACAUUAACUGCAAACAGUUGACAGUCGAUUUUGUGAACCAGUCUGUGCUACAGAUCAGCAGUCAGGAUGUGGAAAGUAAACGCAGCGAUAAGACUGACUUUGCUGAGCAACUUGGUGCAAUGAAUAAAAGUUGGCAAAUCCUGCAGGGUCUAGUAACGGAAAAGAUCCAGCUGUUGGAAGGCUUAUUGGAAUCGUGGUCAGAAUACGAAAAUAACGUACAAGGUCUGAGAAUGUGGUUUGAAACCCAGGAGAAGAGACUGAAACAACAACAUGAAAUUGGAGAUCAGGCAGCAGUUGAGAAUGCAAUGAAAGACUGUCAGGAUCUAGAAGAUUUGAUUAAAGCAAAGGAAAAAGAAGUAGAGACAAUCGAACAGAAUGGAUUUGCUUUGAUUCAGAACAAGAAAGAAGAAGUCUCUGGUGUUGUCAAGUGCACGCUGCAGAAACUCACCGAAACCUGGGCAAAUCUAGACCACAUGGCAGGGCAGUUGAAGAUACUGCUGAAGUCAGUGCUGGACCAAUGGAGCAAUUACAAAGUGGCCUUUGAUGAGAUCAACAGUUCCCUUAUGGAGGCUAGAUACUCCCUUGCCCGUUUCCGUCUGCUGACAGGCUCUUUAGAAGCCGUGCAAGUUCAAGUAGACAACCUUCAGAGUCUUCAAGAUGAUCUAGAAAAACAGGAACAGAGCUUACAGAAAUUUGGCUCCAUCACCAACCUACUAUUAAAGGAGUGUCACCCACCUGUGACAGAGACUCUUACCAAUACGCUGAAAGAAGUCAAUAUGAGAUGGAAUAACUUGCUGGAAGAGAUCGCUGAGCAGCUGCACGCCAGCAAGGCACUACUUCAGCUUUGGCAAAGAUACAAGGACUACACCAAACAGUGUGCAUCUACAGUUCAGCAGCAGGAGGAUCAAACCAAUGAGCUAUUGAAGGCUGCCACCAACAAGGACAUCGCUGACGAUGAAGUCGCUGCGUGGAUUCAAGACUGCAACGACCUCCUGAAAGGACUAGGGACUGUUAAGGAUUCCCUUUUUGUUCUCCAUGAGCUGGGAGAGCAGCUGAAGCAACAAGUGGACCCUUCUGCUGCAUCAGCCAUUCAGUCCGAUCAAGUCUCUUUGAGUCAACACUUAUCUGCCCUCGAACAAGCUCUUUGCAAACAGCAGACUGUGUUACAGGCUGGAGUUCUUGACUAUGAAACCUUUGCCAAGAGUUUAGAAGGUUUGGAGGCCUGGGUAGUGGAGGCUGAAGAAAUCCUACAAGGGCAGGACCCUAGCCAUUCAUCUGAUCUCUCUACUAUCCAGGAAAGGAUGGAAGAACUUAAGGGACAGAUGUUGAGAUUCAGCAGCAUGUCUCCAGAUUUAGACCACCUGAAUGAGCUUGGGUAUCGGUUACCCCUGAGUGAUAAGGAAAUCAAAAGGAUGCAGAACCUGAAUCGCCACUGGUCUCUCAUCUCCUCUCAGACUACAGAAAGAUUCAGUAAACUGCAGUCAUUUUUGUUACAACAUCAGACUUUCUCAGAAAAAUGUGAGACGUGGAUGGAGUUCCUGGUUGAGACAGAGCAGAAGUUAGCCGUGGAGAUUUCAGGCAAAUAUGAGCAUCUUUUGGAACAGCGGAGAGCGCACGAGUUGUUUCAAGCGGAGAUGUUCAGUCGUCAGCAGAUUUUACACUCGAUCAUCGUUGAUGGUCAGCGUCUUCUAGAACAAGGUCAAGUUGAUGACAGGGAUGAGUUCAACCUGAAGUUGACGCUUCUCAGUAACCAGUGGCAGGGCGUGAUUCGCAGGGCCCAGCAGAGACGUGGCAUCAUCGAUAGUCAGAUCCGCCAGUGGCAGCGCUAUCGGGAGAUGGCAGAAAAGCUUCGCAAAUGGUUGGUUGAAGUGUCCUAUCUACCCACGAGUGGUCUGGGAAGUGUCCCUAUACCACUGCAACAAGCGAGGACCCUCUUCGAUGAAGUGCAGUUCAAAGAAAAAGUGUUCCUGCGGCAACAAGGAAGCUACAUUCUGACAGUGGAGGCUGGCAAGCAGCUCCUGCUCUCAGCCGACAGUGGGGCUGAGGCCGCCUUGCAAGCUGAACUCACGGAAGUCCAGGAGAGAUGGAAGUCAGCCAGCAUGUGCCUGGACGAGCAGAAGAAACAGCUGGCCUUCUUGUUGAAAGACUGGGAAAAAUGUGAAAAAGGAAUAGCUGAUUCUCUGGAGAAACUAAGAAGUUUCAAAAAGAAACUUUCCCAGCCUUUACCAGAUCACCACGAAGAACUACAUGCAGAACAGAUGCGUUGCAAGGAACUAGAGAAUGUGGUUGGCAGCUGGACAGAAGACCUGAAGCAGCUGACACUGUUGAAGGACACCCUAUCUGCCUACAUCAGCGCCGAGGACAUCUCCAUCCUUAACGAGCGCUUGGAGCUUCUGCAGCGGCAGUGGGAAGAACUCUGCCAUCAGCUCUCUUUAAGGCGUCAGCAAGUAAGUGAGAGAUUGAAUGAAUGGGCAGUCUUCAGUGAGAAGAACAAGGAGCUUUGUGAAUGGCUGACUCAAAUGGAAAGCAAAGUUUCUCAAAAUGGAGACAUUCUCAUUGAAGAAAUGAUAGAGAAGCUCAAGAAGGAUUACCAAGAGGAAAUUGCUGUUGCCCAAGAGAACAAAAUACAACUCCAGCAAAUGGGCGAACGACUUGCUAAAGCGAGCAAUGAAAGCAAAGCGUCUGAGAUUGAGUACAAGCUUGGGAAGGUCAACGACCGGUGGCAGCAUCUGCUGGAUCUCAUUGCAGCCAGGGUGAAGAAGCUGAAGGAGACCCUCGUGGCUGUGCAGCAGCUGGAUAAGAACAUGAGCAGUCUGAGGACUUGGCUUGCCCACAUUGAGGCAGAGCUGGCCAAGCCGAUUGUCUAUGAUUCCUGUGACUCAGAGGAGAUACAGAGAAAGCUUAGUGAGCAGCAGGAGCUUCAGAGAGACAUAGAGAAGCACAGCACGGGUGUCGCCUCGGUCCUCAACCUGUGUGAGGUCCUGCUGCACGACUGUGAUGCUUGUGCCACCGACACCGAGUGUGACUCCAUCCAGCAGGCAACGCGAAACCUGGACCGACGAUGGAGAAACAUCUGUGCCGUGUCCAUGGAAAGGAGGCUCAAAAUUGAAGAGACGUGGCGACUAUGGCAGAAGUUCCUGGAUGACUAUUCUCGUUUUGAAGAUUGGCUGAAGAUUUCAGAAAGGACAGCUGCCUUCCCCAGCUCUUCUGGGGUGCUCUAUACAGUUGCCAAGGAAGAACUAAAGAAAUUUGAGGCCUUCCAACGACAGGUCCAUGAGAGCCUGACCCAGCUGGAACUGAUCAACAAGCAGUACCGCCGCCUGGCCCGGGAGAAUCGCACAGACUCAGCUUGCAGCCUCAAACAGAUGGUUCACGACGGCAACCAGAGAUGGGACAACCUGCAAAAGCGCGUCACCUCCAUCUUGCGCAGACUCAAGCAUUUUAUUGGCCAGCGGGAGGAGUUUGAGACUGCUCGGGACAGCAUUCUGGUCUGGCUUACCGAGAUGGAUCUGCAACUCACUAAUAUUGAGCAUUUUUCCGAAUGUGAUGUUCAAGUUAAAAUAAAACAACUCAAGGCCUUCCAGCGGGAAAUUUCACUGAACCACAACAAGAUUGAGCAGAUAAUUGCCCAAGGAGAACAGCUGAUAGAAAAGAGUGAGCCCUUGGACGCAGCUGUCAUCGAAGAGGAGCUGGAUGAGCUCCGGCGCUACUGUCAGGAGGUCUUUGGUCGAGUGGAAAGAUACCAUAAGAAACUGAUUCGCCUGCCUCUACCAGACGAGGAGCAUGACCUUUCUGACCGAGAGCUGGAGCUCGAUGACUCGGCGGCUCUCUCUGACCUCCACUGGCACGACCCGUCCGCAGACAGUGUGCUUUCCCCCCAACCCUCCUCCAACCCCUCCCUCUCCCUGGCCCAGCCCCUCCGGAGUGAGCGGUCAGGACGAGACACCCCGGCCAGCGUGGACUCCAUCCCCCUGGAGUGGGAUCAUGACUAUGACCUUAGUCGUGACCUGGAGUCCGCAGUGUCCAGAACCCUGCAUUCAGAGGAUGAAGAGAGCCAAGAAGAUAAAGAUUUCUACCUCAGGGGAGCCGUUGGCCUAUCAGAUGUAGUGAUCCCCGAGACCCCUGAGGCCUUUGUAAAACUCACAGAAAAUGCCAUCAGAAAUACCUCUGGGGGUCACAGUGCCUUGGAGUCACGCAUCCGACAACUGGACAAAGCCCUGGAUGACAGUCACUUCCGGAUGCAGCAAACCGAAAAUAUCAUCCGCAGCAAAACUCCCACGGGACCGGAGCUGGACGCCAGCUACAAAGGCUACAUGAAACUGCUGGGUGAGUGCAGUGGCAGCAUAGACUCGGUGAAGAGGCUGGAGCACAAACUCAAGGAGGAAGAAGAGAAUUUCCCUGGGUUUGUUAACCUGGAUAGCACCGAAACUCAAACAGCCGGUGUGAUUGAUCGAUGGGAGCUCAUACAGGCACAGGCACUAAGCAAGGAGCUGAGAAUGAAACAGAACCUCCAGAAGUGGCAGCAGUUCAACUCUGACUUGAACAACACCUGGGCCUGGCUGGGCGAGACAGAGGAGGAACUGGAACGGCUACAGCGCCUGGAGCUCAGCACCGACAUUCAGACCAUCGAGCUCCAGAUAAAGAGGCUCAAGGAGCUGCGGAAAGCUGUGGACCACCGCAAGGCCAUCAUCCUCUCCAUCAACCUGUGCAGCUCCGAGUUCACGCAGGCUGACAGCAAGGAGAGCCGGGAUCUGCAGGACCGCCUGUCCCAGAUGAAUGGGCGCUGGGACCGUGUGUGCUCUUUGCUGGAGGAGUGGCAGGGCCUACUCCAGGAUGCGCUGAUGCAGUGCCAGGAUUUCCAUGAAAUGAGCCAUGGUUUGCUUCUGAUGCUGGAGAACAUCGACAGAAGGAAAAACGAAAUCAUCCCUAUUGAUUCUAACCUUGACACAGAGAUACUCCAGGAUCAUCACAAACAGCUUACGCAAAUAAGGCAUGACCUGUUGGAGUCCCAACUAAAAGUGGCUUCACUUCAAGACAUGUCUUGCCAACUGUUGGUGAAUGCUGAAGGGGCAGAUUGUUUGGAAGCCAAAGAAAAAGUCCACGUUAUUGGAAACCGGCUUAAACUUCUCUUGAAGGAGGUCAGCCGUCAUAUCAAAGACCUGGAGAAGUUAUUAGACAUGUCGAGCAGUCAGCAGGAUUUGUCAUCCUGGUCUUCUGCUGAUGAACUUGACACCUCAGGAUCCAUGAGUCCUACAUCAGGAAGGAGCACCCCAAACCGACAGAGAACGCCACGAGGCAAAUGUAGUCUCUCCCAGCCUGGACCCUCUGUCAACAGUCCACAGAGCAGGUCCACAAAAGGUGGCUCCGAUUCCUCCCUUUCUGAGCCUCAGCCAGCUCGGUCCGGCCGAGCCUUCCUGCUCCGGGUCCUCCGAGCAGCUCUCCCCCUCCAGCUUCUCCUGCUGCUCCUCAUCGGGCUCGCUUGCCUUGUCCCAAUGUCAGAGGAAGACUACAGUUGUGCCCUCUCCAACAACUUUGCCCGAUCCUUCCACCCCAUGCUCAGAUACACAAAUGGGCCUCCUCCACUCUGAGCCAAGCAGAUGCCAUCUGCGGAAGUGCUGGUAGCAAAAGGAGGGUAUAGCUGAAAGCAAUCCCAGGCUCUCAGGGAGAGCACCUUCAUCGUGGCGAACGCCCUCCGUGUGGCAGCUUUAGCCCUCCUCCGUGUCCCACGUGUGCAAUUCUCGGCUUCAGUGAUAAACAAUGACAGGAGGAGAGCAGACAGAUGACAGAAGCUUUGAAAGAAAUUUCGCUUAAAUCUCCAAGCCUUGGCACUGAAGAGAGUGACUAAGGACCUCCAACGUUCACCAGGCACGGGAAUUCUGAGUCUUUGGUCCAUUUCUCUGUAUAGCCAAGGAGUUCACCAGGCCAGCUGGGCAGCUUUCUCAGCGUGCUGCUCCAUCCACUCAAUAAACAGUCCUCUCUGGGCGCCAUGUCAGUAUCCUACAAUCUACCAACCAAGCAGUGCUAAAGAGAUUUUAGAAACUUGUAACAUACUGUUUUUAAGAGCUUCUUUGGCAGCUUCCUUUUUACCUUGUUUUCCCUUUGGGCAUGAUGUUCUAACCUUUUUCCUUUUGAAGCACAAGCUGUAAAUCUCCAAGGCACUAUUUUUAAAGGUAUUAAGAAAAACCAGAUGUAAUAAAUAAUAUCGUGGAAGGCUUUAUGUGAGAAAAAAUUUAACGUUAUAGUAAAAAAAAAAAAAGUAUUUAUGUA